AUGGUAAUGCCCAGUGCAGUUACGUUUCUUCAUUACUAUAUCUUGUUUACAGUUGCUCCAGAUGCAAUGCACCAUGUGAAGACGUACCGGGAUGACCUGAAGAAUAUGCAUGGUGUCGCACCUGAAUAUGGAUCUGGAAAUGUGACAACUGCUGUAGAUAUUUAUUCAUUUGGGAUGUGUGCUCUAGAGAUGGCUGCCCUUAGUAUCCAAGGAAACGGGGAGAGUGGAAAUGUGAUCACAAUGGAAGCUAUAGAUAAAACACUUCAGUCCAUAGAAAAUCCACUUCAAAGAGAUUUUCUAGAGAAAUGUUUAGAAAAAGAUCCAGAGAAACGCCCUACUGCCAGAGAUUUGUUAUUCCAUUCAGUUUUAUUUGAAGUCCAUUCAUUAACAUUACUUGCCGCCCACGCCAUUGUAAAUAAUGCCAAACUUGUAGAAAAUAUAGCUGAAGAUACACAUAUAUUAAAAUCAGAGCCAAAGAAAGUGAUAGCUGAAGUAAAAUACAAGGAUGACCAAGAACCAACUUUAAUGAAAUUUUCGCAUGUGCAGGGAUUAGAGCUAGAAAAAUUCUUAGAAGAUGUAAAGAACGGAAUUUAUCCACUGACUGCGUUUGACUUACCACAGCCACCACCAAAUACACGUCAAAGGCCAAUAACUCCAGAAACUACGGAACAGGAGAAAACCGAGACUCCGGAGCCAAUGGACGUCGAGGCAAGACGUGUGACUAACAUGACGUGCCAGAUAAAGCGUCAACAGGAUUCUUUGUCAUACCAUCUUGUUCUGAUUCUUCGCAUGGACGAUAAAAUGAAUCGUCAACUAGAAUGUGACUUCGGAUCUGAAGACAAUGCCUCCAUUCUUGCUGAAGAGCUUGUCCAUUAUGGAUUUAUAAACGAACAAGAUAAAGAUAAUUUAUCAGUCUUCCUAACGGAUCAUCUGCGAGAUGCAACACUAGUCAAUGGAAUACCUGAAGACAUUACCCCACCACAAGUGCCUAUCACUGUUUCUUGAAACUCAGUAGCCAAUCAAAUACUGUCUUUCAUUUAGCCAUUCACAUCUCUUCUGACAAGAGAACAGUCUGCAAACGACCAAUCAGUAUGAUGUUUACUUACAGAUUACUUUUGGAAUAUCAACUUUUAUGAUCUGGACAUUACACAUGAUGCAUAAUCUGCCAUAUUAAAUAUAUGCAUGUUACAGAUUAAUGUGCUUAUGUAUAAGAUUUAUACGAUAUCAUUGUUUGAUAUCUGAUACAUCCAGAUGCAUUUCCAUAUUUGAAAUGUACAGUCCUCGACUGCAUUUAAGCCAUUGGACAGUUCAAAAGUUUGUUUCAGUCUUGACCAAUCAGAUGCUAGAUAACAUUGCUAGAUGGACUGGUUGGCUAGCUUGCCUCUAUGCUUUAUACUUUUGACAAAUAUGGUAAAACAAGACACAAUGUUAAACCAUUGUUUGAUACACUAUGUGUACUUAUUAAUCUACAAAAGAACAGACAUGAAAACAAAAGCAUGUUACAUACCUUCUGAUAUGCUAUGUUUGAAAAUAUGAAUCUACAUAAGGAUUGAUAUUCUCAAAAAUGUUUUCUGAUUAUGUUCAAAGUCGUAUGUAUAACAAUGAAUAAAGAUCUGUUAAAAAGGA